AUGAAUACAUUCAAGUCUUAUGGCGAACGCGCUAAACAACACAGCAAUGCAUGUGCUCGUACUCUCCUAGAGCUCAUGGAGCGUAAACAAACCAACUUGUCCGUUGCCGUUGACGUAACCACCAAGAAAGAAUUACUCUCUAUUGCUGAUGCUGUUGGACCUUAUGUUUGCGUGUUAAAGACCCACAUUGAUAUUGUUGAAGACUUUGAUACCGACUUGAUUCAACAAUUACAAGAAUUAGCAAAGAAACACGACUUUUUAUUCUUUGAAGACCGUAAAUUUGCUGAUAUUGGCAAUACGGUAAAGCAUCAGUAUGCCAACGGUAUUUACAAGAUUGCUUCUUGGUCACAUAUCACCAACGCACACACCGUCCCUGGCGAAGGCAUCAUCAAGGGACUCGCCGAAGUCGGUCUUCCCUUGGGCCGUGGCCUGCUCUUACUCGCCGAGAUGUCUUCCAAGGGCGCACUCACAAAGGGUAGCUACACGACUGAAUCUGUCGAGAUGGCACGUCGCAAUAAGGAUUUUGUUUUUGGAUUUAUUGCUCAACACAAAAUGAACGAGUUUGAUGACGAAGACUUUAUCGUCAUGUCACCCGGUGUUGGCUUGGACGUCAAGGGAGAUGGAUUAGGUCAGCAGUAUAGAACCCCUCGUGAAGUGAUUGUCGAAAGUGGUGGAGAUGUGAUCAUUGUCGGUCGUGGUAUUUAUGGUCAACCUGAUAAGGUUGUUGAACAGGCUCAGAGAUACCGUCAAGCUGGUUGGGAGGCCUAUCUUGAAAGACUUGCCUCAAAGCAAUAA